CACACAACACAACUCCUGAGAAUCACUGAAUCAUUCUGUCAAGCAUCCUGUUCGCGUUCAUGUGGUAACCGGUAACUGAAGUGAAAGGCUAUACUCCGUCCCCCUUUCUGGCUUUCUCCUUUGCAUCUUCUCGCCUGGAUUUUUGGAGGGAGCGCGCGAAACAGGAACUCUGCUGAAUCUGAUGUUUUGACCUUGAUCUGAAUUCCCAUUUCCCAUCGUCUUUCUCUUGUAGAUUGGAUAAUGCGUAUACUAACAAGACAACUCUAUACAUAUUUGUACAGAAGAAAUAUUGGACAUCCACAUUCCCGCAAAUUCUCAUCAUUCAAUGGGAGAGAUGAGCUAUCGAUGGAGGAGGAAGCUGAAAGAAAAAUAGGAUGGUUUUUUAAACUGUUAUUUGCUGGGACUGCAACAAUGGUUGCUUAUCAGUUUUUUCCUUACAUGGGAGAUAAUUUGUUGCAACAGUCUGUGUCACUCUUGCAAGUGAAGGAUCCCUUGUUUAAAAGAAUGGGAGCAUCUAGAUUAUCCCGUUUUGCAAUUGAUGAUGAAAGAAGGAUGAAAAUAGUGGAGAUGGGUGGAGGUCAAGAUCUUCUAAAUAUGCUGGUGGCUGCCAAAGAUGACCGCACAUGCAAGGAAGCUCUGAAGGCUCUUGUUGCCAUUUCAGCCUCAGAUGAAGCAGCCAGGUCCCUGCACCAAGCUGGAGCAAUCUCAGUUAUUAAGUCUACUCCCGAUUCUGUUGAAGAUGCCGAACUCAUGAGCUACAAGUCCAGUUUACUGAAGAGGUUCCAUGAGUUGAACCUUGGUACAUCUUGAGAUGUAGAGCAAGUGGAGGGAGAUAGGUUUAGUUUUAUGGACAAGUUCUCUGCUAUAUCCAGGAAAAAUCAUCAAACUUAAUGGAGGUCUCCUUAAUUUCAAAGAGUACGGAGUCACUCCGUAUCACUCCCUACCACAUAACCCUCAUCACCCCGAACUCCCUUUCCAACAAGUGAAGACUUUUCUUCUUUUUUUCUUCCUAAAGAGCUAAAAACAAUUUAGUAGUUGCUUUCACUUGUCAGCACUUGAAGCAACAAAAUAGAUCCUUGUACAAUAUCCACUAAAUAGUCCUUAAUUUAUGAAAUGUUGAGCAUGACUAUAGCAUAGAAAA